AACAGAGUAGCGUCCGUUAUCGGGAAGCGCUUUACCUGACGUGAAGUGAAAUGUUAUCGUGUUAGUACAUAAAAUUAAGCGUAACUUUGUUUUUCUUUCAUUGUCGUUAUGCGUAAGUGAAUUAUACGCUACGUUUAUAGUGAAUUAAGGUCGCUUUUACUAUUCCAAGUGUAAGGAAACAACCAGAAGACAGGAAUGAUACAAAAUAGUGACAGUAUAUGUUUCUAUAUAUUGGCUCUUUGUGUAGUCUUUACACAUCUUAUUAAAGCUUGGUGUUUUCCCAAACGUGAACAGAAUUUUUAACAAAUCUGAAUAAACAAAAGGAUAAACUUUUAAGUUCAUCUACGAUACUUGUGACAUAUCUUUUUUUCACGAUGCUUACAGGAUGGAAGGAACGUUUAGCAAAAGGAUGUAUAGCUCAGCGCUAUGUGGUGGCCAUAAUGGGUUUUCUAGCCAUAGCAAAUGCAUACACAAUGAGGAUAUGUUUGUCAACAGCCAUAACAGAAAUGGUGGUUCAUCGUGACAGAAAUGAAUCACAUCUGGAUCCUGAUGCCUGCCCUUCAAGUUCAGUAUCUAAUAACAAACAUGAACCGCAUGGAAGGUUUGACUGGGAUGAGGAGACACAAGGAUUGAUUCUCAGUUCCUUUUUUUGGGGUUAUGUUAUAACUCAUCUACCAGGGGGAAUGCUAGCAGAAAAAUUUGGAGGCAAAUAUGCCCUAGGUUUAGGCAUCCUGAGUACUGCUAUUUUCACAUUACUAACCCCACUGGCAGCAAUCCAUGGGGGUGCAGGCUGGCUCAUUGCAGUACGUUUCAUUGAAGGACUUGGUGAGGGAUCAACAUUCCCAGCAAUAAAUGCCAUAUUAGCACAUUGGGUGCCACCCCAACAGAGAGGAAUCCUUGGAUCUUUUGUGUUUGCUGGUUCUCAGAUAGGAACGGUAGUUGGUACUGCUCUCAGCGGAGUCUUGAUACAGUACUCAUCUAUCGGGUGGCCGAGUGUUUUCUACUUGUUUGGUGCAUUGGGUGUAUUAUGGUUCAUUGCAUGGACCUUACUCUGUUACAAUGAUCCACAAUCUCAUCCUUUUAUUUCUGAUGAAGAGAAAACAUUUCUUGAAAAGAGUAUUGGAGGAAUAGAUAAUAAAAAGGAUGUUCCUCCUGUUCCAUGGCGAGAAAUGGCUAAAUCAGUCCCUCUUUGGGGUCUCAUCUUCGCUCAGAUAGGCCAUGACUGGGGCUUUUUUACCUUAGUGACUGACUUACCAAAGUACUUCAAGGAUGUCAUGAGAUUCAAUAUAUUUGAGAAUGGAUUUCUGACUGCAUUACCAUAUGUGGUAAUGUGGUUGUGUUCAAUGGGAUCUGGUUGGCUGUGCGAUCAUUUGAUCACAUGGGGAUAUAUAUCAACCACAGUGGCUCGUAAAAUCUUCACCACCAUUGCUUCUGUGGGGCCUGGCAUUGGUAUCAUUGCUGCAUCAUAUGCUGGAUGUGACAGAACAUCUGUAGUUGCGCUUCUUACAUUGGGCACCGGACUCAUGGGCACCUUCUAUCCUGGUAUGAAGGUUAAUGCACUUGAUCUGAGUCCAAACUAUGCAGGGACACUCAUGGCCAUUGUAAAUGGUAUUGGCGCACUCACUGGAAUCGUUACACCUUACUUAGUUGGUGUACUAACUCCCGAUAGUACAAUUUUGCAAUGGAGAGAGGUAUUCUGGAUUGUAUUUGGUGUCUUCCUUGUCACAAACUUGCUAUUCAUCUUCAUGGGGUCAGGAGAACUCCAGCCUUGGAACAAUCCUUUGACAAUGAAACAAGGAACAGAGGAGGCUGGUAAAUCAGAAACUAGCUCAAAAACAGGUAAACCUAUAGAAAUAUAUCACAAUAAAACGCUUACUUUGAAGAAAGUCGAUAUUUGUUUGAAUACUUCUUGUUUAUAACAGUACAAGUAUGCUCUGAAAUAUGAUAUGAAACUUACAUUAAUAUAAAACUGCAAAUAAAAUAUAGAUUACUGAAAUAUAACAACAGUGCUAAUGGCUCUAACGGUUAGAAUUCGAACGGUCUGACAACCCAUUUCAGGUUUACAUAUACACCACUAAACCAUUUUGCUUGAAGACCUUGAUAUUUUGUGUUUAUUAAAUUGAAAAUCUGAUUGUCUUAACACUGCAUUUUCAUUUAGUU